UGGUCUCUAACUAUAUCUCUCCCCAUUUCUUCAAUCAAAAAUUCCACACCUCCAACCCGUUGGGACCUCGCCAGCAUCUAGGAAAUUUUGCAAAAUCAUACACAGAACCAUCCACUAAUCGUCGUUAUCGCGUCUCAAACCAUCAUAUUGAAGCGACAGAUAUUUGUUAGAUUAUAGUUCGUUGAAUUUUUCCAUACUUUGUCUUAAAUUGCUCAUUCUUAUUAGAAUCUGAAUUACACUCCUUUUCCAGCAUACAAAUUCUCUCUUCUUUUCUGAAGUCAGACUAAAAAUGUUCUCGUCACUCCAACAACACAGUCGCACUCCAGUUAUCAGGGUUAUGGAAGCGGCUACUGAAGGCGCUAGAUAUGAACAGCGCAUGCGCGUCAAUCCCUCGCGCCUUUGAGGAUAACGGCCUUUUGUAACGGCGGGUGCGCGAGAGUAACGGCUAAGUGAGUGACUAAUCAGCUUUUUGGAAAUGAUCAUUGUAAUGCAGCUGCUUGUAAUGUCCAGUGACAGCGCGUGGCGUAAGGGUUCAGGAGAACCUAGUUUUGCUCAAAUUUUGAAAAAGAAUAUUCCUCCAAAACCAUCACAGCAAACACUAAAUGUAACUUUUACACCACAGGGCGGAACUGCAGAAGAUUUAGACUCUGGUGUAUCCAGAGUAAUUCAAAUUUCAGGUCAAUACCCAAAGUCACAAUUUGUUGAAUAUACUAAACCACUCUCAAACAGUGCACUACCACCAAAGAAAGUUUCCAGGGAAUUUAUUGAUAAAUACAGACGUGGUGAGAUCAACCCAGUUUCAGCCUUGCAUCAGUAUGCACAAAUGUUACGAAUGCAACUAAUUUUAAAAGAAACUGUAGCAACAGGUAAUAUUUUUGGACAAUAUUUUGCAUUCUGUGCUGUGGUUGAUGGGGUUGAAUAUAAAACAGGAAUGGGUCAAAACAAGAAGGAAGCAAAAGCUAAUGCUGCACAAUUAGCUCUUGAUGAACUUUUGGACACCGAACUGAGCAAAACUUCAACUACAGGUCCUGCACCAAUACCUGCUGAACGAAGAGUAAUAUCUUCACCGUGUUUACCUUCAAGAAACCAACCAUCAAAGUUAGGAUAUGAAGGAAGGAAUUCAUAUUAUAAAGCUGUUUCUGUAGCCUGCAGAGAUGUUUUCAACAAGUUGACUGCUAACCUACCUGAGCUCCAAAAUUGUAGCAGCUCCUUGGCUGCUUUUGUAGUUGAAAGGUAUGGACAACCUUAUGAAGUUGUUGCAAUUGGAACAGGAGAGAUGAACUGCAAUGAUCCCUUGUAUUCUGAAGGACGAAUCAUGCAUGAUUCCCAUGCUGUAGUUACUGCAAGACGCUCAUUAUUGAGCAGAAUCUGCCAGCAGAGAAGAAGGGGUCUGUCUGCACAUCCUCAUCCACUUAUGCUAACCAUAUGGUAUCUUUACAGGCAUCUUCUCAUGUUCUACAACAAAAAUCCUGAUGUGGUGAACCAGUCUAUUUUUUGUAUCGACACUGGAAGGAACGUUAUUACUGUAAAGGAUCGUAUUAACUUUCACCUUUACCUGAAUCAACUACCAAAAGGAGCUGCACAGAUAAAACAGUUGCAUCUGGCUCCUCACUCAAUAUCUACCUUUCAUACUAAUAAAGAGAUGGAACUUCACGUUAUUUUGGAUGGGAAGGUGUUCGCAAUUAGUCAUUGCAGUCCUGAAGUAACUGCUUCUAGAGUGUGCAGCAUGUCAGCCAGUGAUAAACUUACUCGUUGGGAAGUGCUUGGAGUUCAAGGUGCUCUACUUAGUCACUUCAUUGAACCCAUCUACAUCAACAGCAUUCUUAUUGGUGACACCAACUGCACAGAUACACGUGGAGUAGAGGUUGCAAUUAAACAGCGUGUAGAUGACUCACUGACUUCAAAGCUCCCAAAUUUCUACAUUGUCAGCAAACCGCAAAUAUGUCUUACAGAAACUGCCUUUCCCUGUCUAACAAAUUCUGUUCAUAAAACCCUCAGUCUGAACUGGUCUCAGGCAGAUUCUUUGGUAGAAGUGGUGAAUGGUACAACUGGAAGAAUCGCUGAAAGCUCGCCGUUUAAAAGUGGUACCUCCAUGACUAGUCGCUUGUGCAAAGCUGCCAUGCUGAGUCGUUUCUAUCUUGUUGCAAAAGAAGCAAAUAGAGAAGAUUUAUCUACGGUUCCAACAUAUCAUGCAGCAAAGAUGAUGGCAAAGUCAUAUCAAGAAGCAAAGAUUUUGCUGAAAUCAUCACUGGUACAUCAUGGUUUUGGUUCCUGGUUGGUCAAGAAUCCAAAUGCUGAAGUAUUCCAAAUGCAAUGAGGAAGAAUACUGAGAAAAUCUUGGUUAAAAAUCACACAACUCCGGCAUCUCCAAAUCGAGAAAAUCUUGAACUGUAAACUCAAUCACAUGCGCUUCGUUUCUUUAUAUCUAAAGGCUGCUGUAUAUUGGUGUGGAUAAUAGGCAAAGUGCAAAUUAAAGUUUAGAAUGUCUCUUGUUUUAAUUCAUUCUAGAUCAUCCAUUCUACUAGAUCAUCCAUUCUACCAUAGAAAUGUUUGUACCUCAAUAAAUCUCUUCAGAUUCAAUUUUUUUAAAAAAGAAAAGAACCCCUUGUUCACUCAUCGCUCUACAAAAGCAGUGUGAUGAUGAUUAGCAGUUUGUUACUGAUGUUUGCUGUAAAGGUUCUUUGGCUGAAAAAUAACAGCAUACUGGAUAACAUUGGCUAAAAUUCAAACUACUUUAUUGUGAAAAAACUAUUUUGCAGUGUUAUAUUUAGUUCUUUGGUACAGCAUUGAAGUAGUUAAUACUACACAGAACGCACCUAAGUAUUUGGUUACCCUGUUUUUACACUGUUUGCAGUGGAAACAAUUCUGUUCUUGAAAGUAAGCCUGAUUGAAAAUAUAUAUGACAUGAAGUAGAUGGGAAACUUAUGUCAGAGUUAGACAUGAAGCUAAUUUUUUCCAUGAUGUAGCACAACUAUUUUGACCUCCAAACCAAGAAUAUAGUAUCCUUCAAAAAUACACAAAUGAUUAGAUUUAUCCAACUUCUUACUGUGUACACAAGAAAUCUAGUGGCUAAUUAGUUAUGCUUUCCAGUGGGGAAGUGCCUAGAUUUCACCAGAUACUUCUCAUGGUUAUAUGUUCAAGAUACAUUUCUCAUUGUACAAAUUACUGAGUACUAUUACAAAUUGUACUGGUAUAUUCAAUUUAGGUAGAACACUGGAAUAGGCCGUCACUUUUUAAAAAAACAUUCCACCCUUUAUUAACAGAUCUUAUUUGAUCCCUAGGUAAUGAUAAAGAUAAUGGUUCCAGAAAUCAUCAUAGGAGAAUGCUAGUUCAUGAUUUGUUAGGCUGUUGGAACUGCUGUAACCAUUAUACAUUGUUGAGAUAUUUUCAGAAUUGAAAGCAAUAAAUCAAACUGGUUGAUGUAGAGCACCUUGCGCUAAUUUGAUGAAUCAGAUUUAAACCACUACGUUAUGUUGUGUACUAUUAAAAUGUAAUGUUUAGAAUAUGAGACAUUGUCAUGCAAUAUGGAGGCCAUUUAGCUUUUCAUCAUAUUUGUGACCUUUAAUACAGUGUCUUAAGUAUUUGUUAUAAGGGUCUUGAUCCCUCAACUUGGCACAGAAUCCUCUUACCCAUCCAGUCUUCCUUGAAAAAUUAAUGUACAAGUCACCAUUUCCCUAUCUUGCGAGUGCAGCCAACUCUGCAGUCAAGCCAUUUCUGUUCUUGUUCUUGGUUACUAGUGAGUACAAGUUAGCCAAGUAGUAAUGCUCUUGAAUUUUUUUAAAAAAGAAACAUGCAGUUUCCACCAUCCUUGCCUUUCUGACAGGUAGUCCAACUGGGAAAUGAAUUAGAUCGCUUGUUGUGAAAUUGAGCAUCAGACUAUUUCAGCUAUUGAAUAUAGAUACAUAAUGUGAAGGUUCUGUUGAGUCCAUGAUCUCAACUGUUCCACACUGAAGAAAUGUCAAAAUGGCAGUGAAUGAAUGUACCAUUGCUGAUAUUAGAUCUUAGAGAGUAGGAUAUCAGUUAUCACACUGAAAUGGAUGGCGGUAGGAAGGAGUGGAGGAAAUCUGUACAGCCCAUUUAUCGUAUCAAUGAAAAGAAUUCUCGGUUUAAGCAACAUUCCAUCUAUUUCAGUUAAAUGUUUUUGUAACUAAAGCCUGGUGUAAAAAUUGCAAAAUGUGGGCAGCAGUAGACAGGUCGAUGUGCUGGCCUGAUUUCUAAUUGCCAGUUAAAUUCUAUCGCUCGCUUUGACCCCUACUGUGAAAUUUUCACACAAAUUGAAGAUGAGGAAAAUCUGAAGAAACUUCACUUUUUGGUGGCACAGAGCAAUAUUCGCAUUGGUGUCAGACAAAAACUGACUCCUCUGGCUCUUCAGAAUAUCUACACAGGGCUUGUGAAAGUGAACAGUUGCCCAUAAAUGCAUGCUUUUAAUUAGCGGAGAACCUAAUGCUAGGAAGAAAAAACAAGAUCUUUGAAUUGUAAGGGAGAUGUAGCACAAAAUCUUGCAUGUUGCACUAUUAAGCUUGAGUAUAAUAGAACUCUAAAACUAAACAGCAGGAUUGCACAAAGGAUUGUGCAGGAAAGGAAUUGAGUGGUGACCUGAAGUGCAAUUAUGUCUUCAUCCAGUACUUGCGCUUGCAAGUUUAACGCUGAAAUACCACAUCAAAGCUUGCACAAUUGUCUUCAUGAUUUGGAUGGUAGCUGGGAAUGUAUUUUCCUUCAUGCAGACCACAUUUUCCAAGAAAUCUGAUUCUGUCUGGACCAGUAAUUCUUUUGGCUGUUUGCACACUUGAAAGCAAAGGCUAUAACUACAAACUUAAGAGAUACUGUGUGUACUUGAGCUCUUUCUUUAUUGUCCACUUGCUCUUUCCUACUAUUUCUUUGACUUUUAUUUAAAUUUAUUCUAAUCUUGCUCCCCAGCCCUGCACCAAAACAAGAAUAAGUCUUUCUCAAAACACCUUUUUCUCUUGUGUUUUCUGCCUCAUAGGGCUCUGUAAGACAUCUUCCAAAAAAAGGUAUAAUUGACUCAACACUGGCCAUCAAGUUUUUUUCUAAAAGGCGAUUGAAAGUCCAAUGUGUAAAAUAUGAUCACAUUGAUUAACCCAACCAACCAGAUUUAUCCUUUGCACAUUGAAAAAUGCAUCCAAUUAGGCAUAGUUGCCACUGGGUCACUAAACUCAGUAGUGACUUGCAGAGCUCAGUGUUUGUAUGAUAAGUAGUCACUACAAGACGAUAUUGAAAUAGCGAGUAUUGAAGAGAAAUAAAAUGAAGGAACAUUAGGAUUGGGGUUUGUAAGUAGAAAUUAAAAUGUAAAUCUUUAAUAUUUUUGUUACAUAGAUUUUCUGUUAAGCAAAAGUGUUUCUAACAUUUGAAUACUUCAUUACUGUAAGACUAUGGUUCAAUUUUGUCAUAGUCACUUAAUUUAUUCAAGGAACUUGAGGUCUAACAUGAACAACUUGCAGUAACUAAGUUAAAUUCACAAAUACAUUUGUGAGCCUCUAAAAUGUGUAUGCAGCACUUCUGUGAAUUUAUCAGUUUUGCAAUCAGUGACCUAAAUAAUUCUGCCCUCUUAUUGUCCUACCUCAGAUAGAGAGAGGGAUGAGAUGGUAAUUGGAGGAGUUUGUUUAUUCUAGUAAUUUGUUAGUGUUUGCUUUGUUAGUUUCAAAAAUAAACAGUUGACAACAUUUCA